GUGGACUUAUUUGACUGGUCUGACACGGUUCGAGCCAAAUUCAGAAACGCUUCCGUCUUCGUCUUCCCUUCCAAUUCUGUUUCUUGAAUCACAAUCGAUUCUCCAAGACUAUUUGAUUAAUCUCUUCUUUCCCCCCCUAAGUUGAUGAUCAAUGGCGAAGAAGAGAGAACAAAGAGAGGUGGGCACGAUCAUGGAUGGGGUCAUAGAGGCUAUGCCUCAAUACGCUAAGGAGCUGGUCGCCGGCGGGGUUGCCGGUGGAAUUGCGAAGACCGUCGUUGCUCCACUUGAGCGUGUCAAGAUUUUAUUCCAGACCAGAAGAGCAGAGUAUCAAAGCAUAGGAUUAUUUGGAUCUAUCAAGAAGAUUACAAAGACUGAAGGUUUUCUGGGUUUCUACAGAGGCAAUGGUGCUAGUGUCGCUCGGAUUGUUCCUUAUGCAGCGCUGCAUUACAUGGCUUAUGAACAAUAUCGAAGAUGGAUUAUCCUUUCUUUUCCAAAUUUUGAUAGAGGCCCCGUACUUGAUCUUUUGGCAGGAUCAUUUGCUGGAGGAACUGCAGUGAUUUUUACUUAUCCUCUGGACUUGGUUCGGACUAAGUUAGCUUUCCAGGUUGUCGGUCCGUCAAAGUCGAGUAUUCAUGGACUAGUAAGCCCUGAGCAUGUAUACAAAGGAAUUUCUGACUGUUUCUCAAAAACAUUUAAAGAAGCUGGACUUAGAGGUCUCUAUCGUGGUGUUGCCCCAUCACUUUACGGGAUUUUUCCAUAUGCUGGUUUGAAGUUCUACUUCUAUGAAGAAAUGAAGCGACAUGUACCAGAGGAACACAAGAAAAAUAUUAUGGUCAAGCUGGUAUGCGGGUCGGUUGCAGGCUUGUUAGGUCAGACCUUUACAUACCCUCUUGAUGUGGUUAGGAGGCAAAUGCAGGUCCAACGCGUACUAGCGUCCACCAACGCAGAGAUGAUGGGAACAUUUGAAACCCUUGCUUUGAUAGCUAGAAAGCAAGGUAUUAAACAGUUGUUUUCAGGCUUAAGCAUCAACUACUUGAAGGUUGUGCCAUCAGUAGCAAUUGGGUUUACGGUUUAUGAUGUAAUGAAAACAUACCUAAGAGUUCCAUCCCGAGACGAAGCUGUGGUAGAAGUGGUAACAAAUAAAAGAAACAUCCAAUCAUCCUCUCUUAAUACAUAACAAGUAUUCUUUCUUUCCCAUUCAAAACCAUGGCAUAUUCUAGUAUUAGAAUCCAUCACGUUAGCCUUGAGAUUAUUUGUAUAUGCAUUCUUUCAGUCUGUUUAGAGCACAUGCUAGUUACAAGAAUCUAUGAAGGAAUACCGUUAAGGCCGAAACAUUUGUUAUUUAGAUGUCUCCAAAAAGUAGUAACUGUCAUAAAUGUAGAAUUAGCACAAGGUGUACAUAUAGCUGGAUGUCUUGUGUAAAGAUUUAUGGUUUUGAUUGAAGGUAACUUCUAGUAUAUACGUUGAUUCUUCAUA